AUGGGAAUGGAAGACAGGAAAAAUUUAUUUGAUGGAGUGAAAUCGGUAACGGAAACUAAUCAACUUAAAGAGGUUUUUGAAAAUUAUUCAUGUGACAUUAUUUAUCGUUUGGAAAAUAUUCUUAAUGUUCUAAAUCCUACUUAUGUGGUUUUUUAUGACACUUUGAAAGCCAUAGCACAUUUCUCUGGCUGGCUUCAUUAA